AUGUCGUCGUCGUCAGUAUCACCAUCGUCCGCAUCACUCGGCUCCAAGCUGUCCAAGAUCGAGGAGAACCAAGAAGAUGAUCUGAAGCGCAUCAGGAAAAACGAGAGAAACAUCCACAAGAACUACGACGACAUCAAGGAGAACAACGAGGACAUCACCAAGGCCAACCUUCGGAUCGAGCACCUCGAAACCACACUGGCUUCGUACGAGGAGAGAAUGGCGGCCCUCGAGACUUGCGUCGAGUCUCUCAAGCACUCCGCUUCAUCAGCACCGAUAUCCAAUCUGUCGGCGCAGCUUCAGAUGGAUCGUUCGGCGCUGAUCGCGUUCAGCGAGAUGAACAAGGCUCUGCCCGUGACCGAGAGGCACGUUUGGGAGAGGCCUCUCGAGAACGGGGACGGCAGCGUCAGAAUCCAGAAGAUGGACAGGAUCGUCGACAUCAAGAGCCUGGAGUACUUGCUCCGGACCAAAGCCACCCGGAAUGUGGUGAACAAUAUCCUGGUCAGCACGGGCGGACCGAAGCUCGAGAUACCCCCGACCCUCCGGAGAAAGUACUGGGUGUUCAUCAAAGACGGCGAGCUCACCACAAUCAGCAAGGACUUCAAGGGCGGCGUCGGGUACGAGUACUUGUGGACCGAGGACGCCGCGCUCAGCCUACCGUCCACCGACUGGAAGCUUCCCGUGAGGCGCCAGACAGAUCCGCGCAGGGCCUACGUCGACCCUCGGACCAACGCUCUGUGGCUGCCGGAAGAGGACCAGACGAGGCAGGCGGUGGAGGCGGCGGUGGACGUGGUGGACGCGGUGGUGGAGGCCGCGGUUGAGGCGGCGGAGAGCGAAAGCAAAGGCGACGACGAUGGCGACAACAACGGCAACGAUCAACCGGAGGUCGAAAAACAAGCAGAAAGAGGCAGUGCAGCUGUAGAAGAAGACGCAGCGGGGGAAGGUUCGCGGGGAAACGGGGGUGCUGUCAUCGGUCACAAGCGUUCGUUGCAGGAUGUCGGAGAAACGCCGUCGACUUCAUCGUCGGAGUCAGAGUCGGAAUCAGAGUCGGAAUCAGAGUCGGAGUCGGAGUCGGAGUCGGACGACGGUGCACCCAAGAGGCCGCGAACUUGGCUUGGAAGAAAUAUCAACAACAUUUUCCUACACUGUGUCGCCGCUGGUUUCCCCGUUGAUCCGGACGAAUACGAUGACAUUCGCGGCAAUAUGAGAGGGAAGAUAAAUAAACACUACAUGUCUUUCUUCAAGAACGCGGGACAUGUUUUGCCGUGCCGGUUCUGCAGAGAGUCGUACCUUUUGUUUGGGUGGCUCGCCAUCAUACACAACAAAGUCAACAAGAAGAAUGGUGCCAAACAAGAAACCAGUCUUCAGGCCGUCGUGGACAAGUACGAGAAGUUCAGAGCUUCGUGUCAGAAUCGGAAAGCUUUGGGGUGCACCGAGCCCGCGAAGAAAACGCGAAGAUGA